GCGACAACUUUGCUCAAAAGCCCCAAUCGCAACGUCAACAUGGCCGAUCCCCUUUCAAUUAUCGGAACAGCGGGAGCGAUCGCAAAUAUUAUCGAUGUUCUCACCAAAACGAUCACAACGGUAUGCGACAUGCGACACGCCUGGAAAAUCGCCGAUCUCAGUGUGUUCGCUUUCGAGAACCAGCUAAGCCUCCUCAAAUUCGCACUUUUCGAAAUUCAGAAAUGGACCGAAUCAAGAUCCUGCGAGCAAUCUCAUCAAUUGGUGAUGCAGGUGGAUAGCUGCGUAACGUGCUGCCGGCUUCUCAUUGGCAAGAUUGAUGGUGAGGUAUCGCAAUUUCAGAAAACGACAGCUGGAGAUCUAGAGCUUGGUUCCAAGCUCUCCUUUCUGUUCAAGACGAAAGACAUGGAACAGAUUCAGCGGAUGGUUGACCAACAGACACACACAUUGACACUUCUGUUAAGUGCUUGCAACUCAAAUGCCUUGGAAGAGCAAACUAGAAUCUUACAGCAACCUAAAAUUAUACAGGCCUUGGAGGACAUGGACCGAGACACUGCUUCUCUCAUUGUUCAUCGAGACUCAGACUCCAUAAUCACGGCUACAUCCGUAAGCUCUUCGCGAUGGUCCGUUCAGUUCGCGUUCGAUCGAGAGCUUUUCAUCACCAAGGUUUACGACAAAUGGAUUCGGAAGCUUGCAACGACGCGGCGGAGCAACCGUCACGGCUCGGAAGAUACAACAAGUGCAUCUACCGACAAGCAGCAAACUACUCUUGCACAUACAGAAACUGCCACAUCAGAGCAGCCACUUCAAUCACCAACAAACUUUGAAGAGCCAAUGAAUACUUUGACACGUACCUCCAUAGGCAUAGAGAUGCAAUCUCUGAGACGAAUCCGAAGCAGAAGCAGCUUAAAACUUCAAACCAAGGAGUCCCAACGUAUUGAUCAGAACUCGAGACAUGAUUCGAAGUCGGCCAAUCGAGAGAUCAAAGUAGUCAUCCUGGGUUCAAAUUCGAGGAAGCGAGUCUUUGAAGAGAUGAGAUUGUCAGACGGUCAACCACAAUGCUACACAGCAGAGCAACUACGCAUGUUCCGUCCCAUAAUCCUCGGCACAGUUUUGGAAAGUGUUCAGUACUUGGCAAAGAAACUAUUGGUCGAUGAGGCCACCAGAGGGCAUUUGAUACGGGCGUGCUUGGAAGACGUCUUGAUAUGCUAUAAGGAGGACUUGGAUCUCGACAACGGGUUUGAACCGUGGGUUAUCGAAAUAUUCCGCACGACAAUGGGUCAUUCAGCGACCAAGGCUUUAAUGGCAGACGAAAGCUUCGUGCUUCCACAGCAUGUUGACUAUUUUUUGAGCCAAAUCGAAAGGAUCAUGCAAGAUGACUAUAUACCGACAGACUCAGAUGCUAUAAGUUGUCCAAGAUCAUUACCUGGCUGCGUGGAGGCUGCAUUCAGCAAGGGCCAGCUCAUCAUGCGAUUGGCAGAUCCUGGCAUCGCAAUUGUCAAUCGGACAAAACUAAUUACUCAGCUCGAGACGGCAUUCGCCGUGAUAUACGUUUUCGAUCUUAGCUGCUUCAGCGUCGAAGCCUUGCUUCAGUAUGAAUCAACCGUCAAUUCACACUGGUUGACAAAUUCAAGCAUCAUUGUCAUCUUCAACAACUUCAAGGGAUUCGCUAAGAGACUUGCAGAAGAGCCGCUAAGCGAUGAAUUUCCAGAUUAUGUGGGAGGAGACGAUGAAAAAACCGCAUCUAAUUAUAUUGUCUCCAAGAUCAGGGGCUUGAGCCGGGCUCAUCUACAGCUGUAUGCCCAUUCCACAGACGGCGUGUACGGUGAGAAAAACCUGCAGAUCAUAUGGCGGAGCAUCGAUGAUAGUGUCGUGACCCGUAAUCUGCAGGCUCUCAAUUAUUUAUAA